AUGGGUCAACCUCGGGAGAGAAAGCGGCUGCCCCGUGUAAUGACAGUUCCGGGGGUUAUUUCUGAGCUCGAUGAUGAUGUGGCUAAUAGUGUGGCCUCGGAUGUACCUUCAUCACUAGUGCAGGACCGUAUAAUCAUUGUAGCAAAUCAGUUGCCGGUAAAAGCAAAGCGCAGACCGGAUAAUAAAGGAUGGAGCUUUAGUUGGGAUGAGGAUUCGUUGUUAUUGCAAUUAAAAGAUGGUUUGCCUGAAGAUAUGGAGGUUUUAUAUGUUGGUUCUUUGUGUGCUGAUGUUGAUUUGAGCGAACAAGAUGAUGUCUCACAGGUUUUGUUGGAUAGGUUCAAGUGUGUUCCAGCAUUUCUACCUCCUGAUAUGCUGUCAAAGUUUUAUCAUGGGUUUUGUAAACAGCAUUUGUGGCCGCUUUUUCACUAUAUGCUUCCUUUUCGGGAAAUCAUGGUGGCCGAUUUGAUCGGUCUUUGUGGGAGGCAUAUGUGGCGGCAAACAAGAUCUUCUCGCAAAGGUCCAUUUCCUUCAUCUGAGAUAUACAGGACUUUACCUGUCAGGGAAGAGAUCCUUAGGGCACUUUUGAAUUCAGACCUCAUUGGUUUUCACACUUUUGAUUAUGCUCGUCAUUUUCUAUCUUGUUGCAGUCGAAUGUUGGGGUUGGAGUAUCAGUCAAAGAGAGGUUACAUUGGGAUGGAGUAUUAUGGUAGGACUGUUGGAAUAAAGAUCAUGCCAGUUGGGAUUCAUAUGGGACAGAUUGAGUCUGUCUUGAAACUUGCAGAUAAGGAGUGGAGGGUAGGAGAGCUCAAACAACAGUUUGAAGGAAAGACAGUUUUACUUGGUGUUGAUGAUAUGGACAUCUUUAAAGGUGUAAAUUUGAAGCUUUUGGCAAUGGAACAGCUGCUGAAACAGCACCCAAAGUGGCAAGGAAGGGCUGUUUUGGUGCAGAUAACAAAUCCUGCUAGGGGACGGGGGAGAGACCUUGAAGAAGUGCAAGCUGAAAUACAGGAAAGCUGCACGAGGAUUAAUGAAACUUUUGGUCGACCUGGCUAUGAACCGGUUGUCUUCAUUGAUCGACCAGUAUCUCUCAGUGAAAGAGUUGCAUAUUUCACCAUUGCAGAGUGUGUUGUUGUGGCUGCUGUGAGAGAUGGGAUGAAUCUUACUCCUUAUGAGUACAUUGUGUGCAGACAGGGAGUUUCUGGAUCAGAGUCUAGCUCAGAAUCAAGUGUCCCCAAGAAGAGCAUGCUGGUUGUAUCAGAGUUCAUUGGAUGUUCCCCUUCACUCAGUGGUGCAAUUCGGGUCAAUCCAUGGAACAUUGAAACAACUGCUGAGGCAAUGAAUGAGGCAAUUUCAAUGGCAGAUUCUGAGAAACAAUUGCGACAUGAGAAGCAUUACAGGUAUGUCAGCACACAUGAUGUGGCAUAUUGGUCGAGGAGCUUCUACCAAGACCUGGAGAGGACUUGCAAAGAUCAUUUCAGAAGGCGCUGCUGGGGAAUUGGCUUAAGCUUUGGGUUCAGAGUUGUUGCUCUUGAUCCUAAUUUCAAAAAAUUAAAUAUUGAUCACAUUGAAUCUGCAUAUAUAAAGUCCAAAAACAGAGCUAUACUCUUGGACUACGAUGGAACUGUAAUGCCUCACACAUCCAUGAAUAAGACCCCAAGUCAUGAGAUCAUUUCAAUCAUAAACACUCUUUGUAGUGAUGCUAAGAAUACUGUCUUUGUUGUCAGUGGAAGAGGAAGGGAUAGUUUAGGCAAGUGGUUUGCACCUUGUAAAAAACUAGGAAUUGCUGCUGAACAUGGGUACUUCAUGAGGUGGUCUGUGGAUGAGGAAUGGGAGAACUGCGGGCAGAGUAGUGAUUUUGGAUGGAUUCAAAUAGCCGAGCCUGUUAUGAAAUUGUAUACAGAAUCCACUGAUGGAUCUUCCAUUGAGACCAAAGAGAGUGCAUUGGUUUGGCACCACAGGGAUGCAGAUCCAGGUUUUGGAGCUGCACAGGCCAAGGAGAUGUUGGACCAUCUUGAAAGUGUGCUUGCAAAUGAGCCUGUUGCUGUCAAAAGUGGUCAGUGUAUUGUGGAAGUUAAGCCUCAGGGAAUCAGUAAAGGUUCUGUGGCGGAGAAGAUCUUUGCAUCAAUGACUGGAAGUGGAAGACAGGCUGAUUUUGUGUUGUGUAUCGGGGAUGACAGAUCAGAUGAGGAUAUGUUUGAAAGCAUUGAUAAUGCAAUAGCAAGUGGUAUCCUUACCUCAAGCAAAACUGUCUUUGCUUGUACUGUUGGUCAGAAACCAAGCAAAGCCAAGUACUAUUUGGAUGACACAGCUGAUGUCAUAAACAUGCUUGAAGCUCUUGCAGAAGCUUCAGACCCUUCACCUUCUGCAGAAAGCUCCCCUUGA